AUGCCGGUACUUCACGAUGCAACGUCACCUCCCGGGUCGACGCCGUCCUCCCCGACGCACGCCGAGACGCCUUUCCAGCUCGAGCGGCAGCACGUGGCCGAACAGACGCGCGCGAACAUUGAAAAGUUCGUGGACGGCCUCAUGAGCGACGAGUAUUCGCUCGCGCAGUUGCUCAACGAGAGCUUUUCGUUCGAGAUGCUCGAGCUGCUGUUCAAGCGCAUGACGAACCGCUUGCGGGGCAUUCUGUUCUCGCAGGAGAAGACGCGGGAGCUCAUUCGCUUGGCGCUCGACGUGUCGUACCCGUCGCACACGCGGGCGAUGGCGACCCAAUUCAUUGUCGUGGGCGGUGCGGUCAAUGCGAUUGCAGCGUGCGACGCAACGGGCGCGCGGCACGAGUGCGACGAGUCCUGGGACCUCAUUUUCCGCACGUUGCAUCGAGAAGCGGACGGCGUGUCGUCGAGAUGCGACACGCCGUCCCGCCGCCAAGAGCGGCUCGAGUCGGUGGCGGAGAUGGAGGAGCUCAUUCAAGUGGCCGUGCAGGUGUUUGAGAAGGACGGCGCCCAGACACUGCAGCAGAGCUUUGCGGACCACGAGGAGGAGAUUGAGAAGAAGAAGGAGGAGAAGACUGUGGACGUUGGCGCGCUGCAGCAGCCGCAGCAGCAGCAGCAGGUGGCGGGACGACGGAGAUCGUCAGCUGGUUCGCCGCUAGCAACCGAGAUCGAGAGUAGCAAAGGCUCUUUUCGAGCUGUUGGGUCCCCUUUGCAGUCGCCUGUCAAUGGUGGGCUACAGCUGCUCGGAGCAGGAAAGGGAAGAAAUGACAGUGAGCCACGGGGCAGGAUGGAGAUCAAGGGUGGGAGAAUGAUUAUGGACAAUGGAGACGACUUGGACGUGGAAGAACCGGACGAUACGGGCAUCCCGGCUCCGUUGACGACCGAAGUGAACGCAACAGCUAUGUACGGUAUCUUUAGCCACGACUCGGCCAACUUUGCGUCGCAGAUUUUGCGCUACUUUGCCAUUCGGGGACAGAAAGGGGCCUGUAUCUUGCACUAUUUGGCCAACCAUCCUGCGACAGUGGACAUGUUGCUGGCGAACGUUGGCCACGACGAUAUCCGCACGCUGCUCUUGCACCUCAUUUACGCAGAGCACUCGGAGGCGGCUAUCACGUCGCUGUUUGAGACGCACAUGAUGCAGAAAUUGAUACAGAAACAGGUGACCUUCUCCCCGCCACGCAACGCCUUUGAGCGAGACUGCAUUGAAAACACUUUUAUGUUGCUGCGGGAGAUCGUGCAUGCGCCGUAUUUGACAGGACGCGGUGUGGCCAUCUCAGCCAAGACCAUUCCGCUGGACAAGCUUACUGGCCAGGAUGAGUACGUGUCGAUCUGCGGCGCCUCGCGCGAGACCGCCAACUCAGCGCUGCGAAAAUACACGUCGCGCAAGGUGCGUCGUCUUAUUCACUUGUUCAUGCAGGAGCACCAAGCGGCACUGGAGCUACUAUUUGUGCAGAUGAUGAAGGAGCUUACGUUUUGGAGCAUACCGCUGACACGUCAGCGGCGCGGCAGUGUGGCUUCUUACGAGUCACUGAUGUUGCUGUCACAGGGCCACCCGCGCCCGACAUGCAUCAUGAUGCUGAUGCACCUCUUUGAGCUAACUGAGACGAUCGAGUUCACUGACGCUCGAAGCGCUGGCGGCAACUCGGCAGCAUCUGUGGGCAUUGAUUGCCUCAAUUUUCUGUGCUCUACGCAUCUUAUGCGUCAGGGCAAAUUGCUAGUGAAGAACAAACUGAAGAACGAGCUGCAGCGGUGCCAGGUCAGUUUGAACUGUAUGAUGGGACUUCGGAUGACAGCACUGCGCGAGGACCAGCCAGACUUGUCCCCGAGUCUAGACCGAGCGUUUACUCCAACUAUAGGCAAUCAGAUUGUGAUUACGCUGGACGAAAUGGAGAGUGUACAAAGCUCGAAAUGGCACGAUUUUGGUUUCAGCGUGACUGUGAAGAAAAAAGCACAAGAUGCGUAUAAGAACUCAUCAGCUUCACGCCACAGCGUAGCGACUCCUGCAAACGCGAUGGUGCAUACCCAACGUCGUAGUGGACAAGAAGACAAUUGUAUGACGACGGAGGUAAAAUCUACCAAGUACUUUGCAGCAGCAUCGGAAGAAGAAAAGCAAGCGUGGAUGACGUUGUUGCAGGCAGUGAUUGACGGUGAUUUGAACGAGCUGGAAAUCUUUUGUAGUGAUGAUUGGCGCAGCAACGUGCGCGAGUACCGUCGGUUGCGCGAGUGCCUUAUCACGUGUAUGGAGCGCAAAGGACACGAGCUGAUGGUUUUUCUGAAACAAGUUAUUACUUUCAAUACCCGCAAAGCGUCGGGUUUUCACCUCUGGCAGGUUGUUCGAUGUUUGAAUUCCGUGUUGUUGAACGAAUCGAAGCGUUUGGACCGGAUGUUUGUAGGUGCUCAUGUGAUUACCACGCUGAUCACGUGCUAUGAGAAAUACCCGAUGUGGAAUUUGUUACUCGGCGGCAUCACCAAAAUGCUGGUAUUUUGUAUCGGUGAUUUGAAAAAUAAGCGCUCACGGAGGUGCCCAAUCAUCGGCCGCAUUCUGCAGACAGAGGGACCGGAUGCAAAGUUGGCGCCCUUGCUCUGCAAAGUAUAUUUGAACCGAGCGACGACUGAAAACGAUGGGGGACAGGAAUAUGUUAGCAUGGCGGGUACCGAUGCGAUGUCGAAUCUGAAGUUGAUUAUGGAAGCCCUAAAGAUGUGCUACAAGGAUCCGAAAACGAGGAGUCAGGAACGCAUCCAAUGCGAUAUGAAGGUCAAUCCAGUAUGGCGGGAACUGGUAAAGGCAUCGGACGAUCUGGCGAAGAAGGAUCCUUCCAGUUGUAUCUUGACUGCUGGAACACCUCCGGUGAAUAUUCUGAACGCGACAGCCAUGUCAAAUGGAUUUGCUGCACCCGCACAUCCUACGUUCCAAGAAGAAAUUAUCAACCACAUCAGUCGGCCCAGCUAUUCCACCGCGCACGGCUUUGGCUCCUCCUUCUUAGAGGGUGAAGGCUGCGCUUUUGGAUACCUAUUUAAACAGCGCUACGGUGGACGUGAGUGGAAGAAAGCGCUUGUUGUGUACGAAUACGUUUCACAUAAGCUGUGGUACUUUUAUCCAAGUGAAGUCGAUGAAGCCCACGCGAUCAAGUGGAAAUGGAUCGUUCCAUUAUCUGUCCGCAGCCGCUACACGCAUGGUCAGGAUGAAACCCAUUCGUCAGUAGGCCACCAUGGUCUCUAUAUCACAGCGUACGAUCAUCAGCAAAACGAUGAGGAGAGCAAGGUAUUGGCAAAGGAGAUGCAUUUUAGCGUCACCAAACUGGAGGAUCGGGACUUGUGGAAAGAGCUGCUGUCGAACGCGGCUGACGUGAUUCACGAGAUGGGCCGCGAUUAUCUAGUUUUGUCACAGAAGCUAAAGAAGCCCGACAAGAAGACUAUCACACACUGUCAGGACCCGACGUGUAAAAUGCCGUUCAAGCUCUUUCGUCGACCGCACUCGUGCAAGCGCUGUGGAAAGUGGAUGUGUGCCAAGUGCGCGUCGCAGCGCAUGUCGAUUCCCGAAGUCGGUCUGCUGCAUCCAGUGCGGCACUGCCGCGCGUGUUUUGUAGCUCAUGGCGGUGCGCACGCCGAGGUCGAGCCGUUCAAUCUGUUUCACCUCACGCCACGAAACAGAAGCAGCACGAACAGUGCUACUCCAGGACGCUCAACAGCGAGGGGUCCGCAAGGCGGUGCGUUGUCGAAUGCCGAGCUGUACGAACUGGCGCACGGCAUGGUGUCUCCACGCACGUUGAUGCAGAUGAACCGCCGCUUGACGCGACUGAGCUCGAUCGAGUCACCGACAGCAGUAGAAAAUGGUGGCGGCUUUCACGUUGACGAGGUGGACGCACCGGGCAACAACUUUGGCACGGAGAACCUCGAUAUGUUUGCAGACGAAGAAGAGGAAUUCACUCUGUAUUCGCUAUCGGUGUCGCGCCGGAGUUUGCUAAACCCUCGAGAAGAUAUUCGUGGGUAG